AUGGAUCAGUAUCGUGGUGGAAUGUCGGGCGGAGGCGGUGGAGCGCAACGUGGCGGAUUCGUUCCGCGCGGAAGAGGAGGCGGUCCUGUCGGAGGUGGCGGACGGGGCGGAUACCACGAUCAGCAGAGCGGACACUAUCCGCCGCCACCACCACCGCCCGGAUACGGCGGAUUCGACCCGUACAACCCUUACGGACCGCCAGCGCCACCCGGCGGAUUCGGAAUGGGCUACGGUCCCGGCGGGUACCCGGGCGGAGAGAUGCCCUCGCCGUUGGACGCCGAAAUUCAGGCGGUGCUGCGGGAAAUUCACACUGAAGUCGUCGGAUUGGACGCGUCCGGCGAUCAGUUCCGCAAUGCGAGACGUCUUUUAAAUUCUGGUGGGUCCCUCGCUUUUUAUUUAUAUAUAUGUAAAUAUUUUGCAGAAAAGGAGCGGUUAGAGAACAACAUAGAUCCAGAAUGGCUGGAGGUUGAUGUGGCGAAGCCGGUGAAGGUGUGCAAAAAAAUUCUGAUUCCGAUUUACCGUCAUCCGAAUGUGAGUUUCCAUUACCAGAUGUUUCUUGAAGAAAACAAGUCAAUUUUUGCAGUUCAAUUUCAUCGGAAAAGUGUUGGGACCGAAAGGAGCGACGCUUCAGACACUGUGCAAAACGCACAAAUGUCACAUUUACAUUCUCGGCCGCGGAUCGACGAAGGACCGCGAGAAGGAGGCGGAGCUUCUGGCCUCGGGGGACCCGCAGCACGCACACUUUAGCGGUCCUCUUCACGUGAAAGUGGAAACUGUGGCGCCGGCGUUCGUCGCCUACGCACGAGUUGCCGCCGUUAUUGAGGAGCUCUCGCGCAUUCUGCAACCGGUCAGUUUAUAUAAAAAUUUUGAAAAUUUCAUUCAAAGUAGACUUUUGACGGAAAUGUAUUGUGAUUCAGUUUUAUAUUCUCUUUUUCGAUCAACACACCUCCCUAGUGCCUUUUUCAGAUCCACGAGGACACGACGCCGGCGCAUCUGAAGAACGGCUCGGGACAGGGCGGCGACGGCGAGAAGAAGUCGGACGAGGAGCAGAAGGAGGGGGGCGCAGCGGGCGGAAGAGGCGGGUUCCGCGGAGGUUUCCGCGGAGGACCGCGCGGUCGCGGGAACGUGGGAGGCGGACGCGGAAGAGGCGGACAGCCAGUCGGGUAGGAACUAAAAGAAACACGCGCGGUUCGGAUUCUGUAGUAAAUGCGCUCUAUUGAUGAUGAGAUGUGCGGAAAAUGGGUAAAAACUGGGAAAAUGCGACUUUUCACAUCUAAACGUGUUCAAAAUUAAACAAAUAAGUUCAUGGGCCUAUUCACUCGUAAAUAUUUGAGAAAAGUAAUCAAUAGGCCGCAUUUGGUGCACAAUCCGAAUCGCUUGAAAUUGUUCCCCAAUUUUCCCUCUUUUCUACCCAAAAACUGUGAGAAAUUCCCUGAAAAAAUCUCUAAAAAUUUGCAGAUUCCGUCCAUACUAA